CUUUACUAUAUGCACACGCCUACUUAAAAAAAUAUGUAUUUCGUUUUUAGUUUCCAAUUCUUUUUUGUCCUUGUCUCAUUUUAACCCUCCUUAAAUUUUUUAUAUUAUAUUACUUGCACACACAUUCUUUAUUUGUCAUGGGCGACGAAAACAACCAAACAAACAAGAAGAACAAGCAAAAGGUCAAUGCGAUCGACCUGGCAGAUAUUCCCGAGGAGGAUAUCAAAAAGGCGCUUGAGUUCAAGGCUGGUGACAUGACCACCCCCCUCCUGGAAGAGUCCAGUUUUGCGACGCUUUUCCCAAAGUACCGUGAGUCAUACCUGCGCGAAAUCUGGCCCCUUGUAACAAAGACGUUGGAAAAGCACGGAAUCGGCUGCCAGCUGGAUCUCGUUGAGGGAAGCAUGACCGUGCGCACCACGCGUAAGACCUGGGACCCUUAUAUGAUUAUUAAGACUCGUGAUCUGAUCAAGCUUCUUGCCCGUAGCGUGCCGUUCCCGCAGGCCGUCAAGGUACUGGAGGACGAUGUUGCCUGCGAUAUUAUUAAGAUCGGGAGUCUGGUGCGCAACAAGGAGAGGUUCGUUAAGAGGCGUCAGAGGCUGUUGGGCCCAAAUGGUAAUACGCUUAAGGCUAUUGAGCUUUUGACCGAGUGCUACAUUAUGAUCCAGGGAUCGACGGUGGCUGCUAUGGGGCCGUACGGCAGCCUGAAGGCCGUACGUCGGGUGAUUGAAGACUGCAUGAAGAAUAUCCACCCGAUCUACCACAUCAAGGAGAUGAUGAUCCGGAAGGAGCUGGCGAAGGAUCCGAAGCUGGCCAAUGAGUCCUGGGACCGGUUCCUGCCGAGAUUCAAGAAGAGCAACAUCAAGCAGAAGAAGCCCAAGAUCGGAAAGAAGAAGAAGCGUGAGCUCUUCCCGCCGGCUCCGCAGCCGAGCAAGAUGGACUUGCAGCUGGCCUCCGGAGAGUACUUCCUUAAGCCUGAUGAGAAAAGGGCACGCGAGGAGGAGAAGAAGAAGCUGGCGAGUAUUGAGAAUAGGGCAAAGAAAGUGGCAGAGCGCGAGAAGGCCUUUCCUAAGGAGAAGGAGGAUGAGAAGAAGAAGAUGGACGCGUUGAUGAAUAAGUUCAAGUCGCAGGCGCUAGGCAGGGACGAGAAGAGUAAGCGCGCGGCUGAUGAUGGCGAUGUCUCUGCCUACGUUAUCGGUACAAAGUCUAGCAAAAAGACAAAGACAAAGUAAAAAACAUCUUUUUAAAUAUAUAUUUAUUCAUUUUGGUC